CAUAAGCGGCCCCUUCGUCAGCGUGACGCGAUCUGUUGGAUAGGGAUAGAAGUGGGGCGAAAGCAGCGAGUUCAAGGGUAAAAGCCGAUCAGAUCGAGGGUCUUCUCCCGUCGACUCGUUUCUUUGCUUCUUCGAUCCUGGGCAUUUUAUAAGCUGAGAAGGAAAUAUCGAACAAAAUAGGUCAUCUCCCUUCCCAAAUCUUGUUGGCUUUCCCUCCUUUUUCCUUCCCAUCCUUUCUGGUAUUCAGAAAGAGUUUAAAUUCCUCGCUUUCUACGUGCUUUUAGACCGAAUCGCCCUCCUGCUUUCUCCGAAUCGGCACCCAAAUCCUUUGGUUCUGGAUUGGGACAGUGCUGGGGUUUUGGCCAAUUAGUCUCAGAUCAUGUUCGGUUCUUCCGAUUGAUGUGUUUUUAGACGAUUUGGUCCAGAGGGUUUUAUUGUUCCUGGGUUUUUGGUUUGGAUACUUGGCGUUCUUGAUGAAUCUUUGUUUGGUUUCUCCAUUGGAUGGAUCUUUUUGCGUUGAAUUCGAUGAGACGCCCAUCUUUUUGCGUUGAUGGAUCUGAGGGCUUUUGAUCUCUGCGGGACUGGGUUUCUUGGGUCCGGGAGUAGAUUCUUGUGAUUGAGGGAUUUGGAGGAGACAUGUUCUGGAGGGCGAGGGAAAGGGUCAGUGGACAGCAGAACGGCGGCCCUCCUUGCGGCCAGGUCCGGGUCCUCGUCGUUGGAGAUUCUGGUGUUGGAAAGACAUCACUCGUGCAUCUAAUUGUAAAGGAUUCUUCGAUUGCUAGACCACCUCAAACAAUAGGGUGUACAGUGAGUGUGAAGCAUAUUACUUAUGGAAGUGCUGGCAGCUCUUCUAACAGCAUAAAAGGUGAUGCAGAAAGGGACUUCUUUGUUGAGCUUUGGGAUGUCUCAGGACAUGAACGGUAUAAAGAUUGCCGAUCUCUUUUUUAUGCACAAAUCAAUGGCGUUAUAUUUGUUCAUGAUCUCUCCCAAAGGAGGACAAAGACAAGCUUGCAUCGGUGGGCAGCAGAAAUUGCAGCAACUGGGACAUUUUCAGCUCCACUUGGAUCUGGAGGGCCUGGAGGUCUUCCUGUUCCUUACCUGGUUAUCAGUAACAAAGCUGAUAUUGCUGCCAAGGAGGGCAUCAGGGGAAGCAGUGGAAACCUUGUUGAUGCUGCUCGCCAGUGGGUUGAAAAGCAGGGCCUACUUCCAUCUAGCGAAGAACUUCCUUUAACAGAGAGCUUCCCAGGCAGUUCAGGCCUUAUCACAGCUGCCAAAGAAGCUAGAUAUGACAAAGAAGCUUUGAUUAAGUUUUUUCCGCAUGGUUUGAUCAGGAGAAGAUAUUUUUCUGAUGGACUACCUGCACCAAAUCAUUGGUCUGUAGCUGCCCAGCAGAACUCCAUCCAGCGGUUGGAUGAGAUUUCAAGUGAUGAUGAUCAAUUUCAAAAGAAUUUAAGUUUAAGUAGCGAGAGCUACAAGUACAAUGCGCUUCCCCCUCUCCCUGCUCAAAGAAACCUAACACCACCUCCCACACUCUAUCCGCAGCAGCCAAUGUCUACAUCCGAGAAUUACAGCUUCCAGAGAUUUUCAGCAUCAAGUUUGCCUGAUAUUGGCAGCACCAGAUCAAAGCGAGCUGAUAUCAAUGUUUGAUUAAAAUCUCAGACCACAACUGUUUUCAAUUCAAAAGGAGACGUGCUGCAUAGUGUGCAAAAUUGCAAAUGCCAGAAAGCAAUUUUAGCAGCUGCUGAAGAUGUGGUGGGACUCUUACUGUGGCAUUUCAUGAUAUUGCUUGUGAUGUGCUCUCUAGUUCGGAGUUGCUCUGCACGAUCUCUGUGAAUUUCACCAUGGCCUUAGCUAUGCUGCUUGUAGUUUUGAUCAUCAGAUCUAUCUUAUGGACAUUGCCAGUGAUUCGUUUACAAAUGUCAUUGCAAAAAGUGAAAUGCUUGUAAGAAGAAAAUAAACAGUGUUAAUUCACAUACUGUUAAUUUAUAGAAAAGAGGAGAAACUAACUUAAAUCGUGUUCUAUCA